AUGAACAUGUCUGAGCCUGACCGUGACCCCUCCCCCCCCCCCCCCCCCUCUCCUCUCCUCUCUACACGUCGUGUACUCCGUACGGACUACGCCGGAUAUUCUCUCCAUCUUAGCAGGAGGGUGAUCAAUGAGUGGGAUGGCGAGCCAGGAUCGCAGAUCGUGCGAUUGCUUAAGUUCACUAACUCGUGUCUGAUCUCUGAGCUCCGACGGCUUCUCAGCCCCGAACCAGAAAAAAGCACGCGAAUCGACAAAGACAACGCGAUGGAUCGAGACGAACACGAUACCCGGAAUGGUGCAAUUUCUCUGGACCGCAUCCCCGGCGCUGGAUCGCGAACCGAGUUAAGUCCUUGGCUUGGAGCGGAGGAGGGGCCAGAUUCAACAAAGAUCGUGGCCUCAACUCCGCAUGUGGACCGAGCAAUUUAA